GCAAUCUAGGUUUCAAGAAACAUCAGAGUGUUUUCUCUCACAAAUCAACACUCCUCUUCCAGCAGCCAUGGGUAUCGAUCUUAAGGCGGGAGGUAAGUCUAAGAAGACCAAACGUACUGCCCCUAAAUCCGAUGAUGUUUACCUCAAACUCCUCGUCAAGCUUUACCGAUUCUUGGUAAGGAGGACUGGAAGCAAGUUCAAUGCGGUGAUUCUCAAGAGGCUUUUUAUGAGCAAGAUUAACAGACCUCCACUAUCUCUCUCGAGAUUGGUUUCAUAUACCAAGGGAAAGGAGGACAAGACUGUUGUUAUCGUGGGUACUAUUACGGACGAUGUUAGGGCUUAUGAGGUUCCUAAGUUGAAGGUGUGUGCUUUGAGGUUUACAAAGACAGCUAGGGCAAGGAUUGAGAAGGCUGGUGGUGAGUGCUUGACAUUUGACCAACUUGCUCUCAGGGCUCCACUUGGCCAGAACACGCUUCUCCUCAGAGGUCCUAAGAAUGCACGUGAAGCAGUGAAGCACUUUGGUGCAGCUCCGGGUGUUCCACACAGCCAUACCAAACCAUAUGUGCGUGCCAAGGGAAGAAAGUUCGAGAGAGCUAGAGGAAAGCGAAAGAGUAGGGGUUACAAGGUUUAAGUUGAGUUAUGUUAUUAAAAUCUCAGAAUGGUUUUUAUCAUUUGUGUUGUGGCAGUACAAGUUUUGCAGACACUAGUAUGCAGUUGCUUAUGUUUCUUGUUAAGGAUAUUGGAUUCUAUUUACUUUGAAACUAAAUUUCUAGUUUAAAAUGAAUGCAGCGCAUCUGUUUGUUGCUUUA